ACCCGCAACUUCGCGAGCAUCGUCACCUCAGACAUGGGUUUUCACGCUGCGCUACAGGUGCGGGGUCAUUUGCUGCUGGGCUUGACACUGCUCUGCACCCUUGGCAGCCGUCCGGUGAGCUGCGAGCCACCCCUGAGCAACCAGUACGGAUUACCGGGAAAUUUCGGAGCCCAGGGGACCAGCCAAGGCUAUCCAGCCUCCCAACAGCAACAAGCUCUGACGAACAGCUAUGGGGCUCCUCUCGGGGACAACGGCCACGACGAGCAUCAGGACUACAUCGACAGUCAGCCCAAGUCGUACGAGUUUGGGUACGAGGUGAGAGACGCGGCAUCGGGCAAUGACUUUGGCCGACGGGAGACGAGCGACGGAGAGACGGUGCGCGGCGAGUACCGCGUCCAGCUGCCGGACGGGCGCACUCAGAUCGUCACCUACACAGCCGAUUGGCGAACCGGUUUUCACGCUGACGUCCGCUACGAGGGUGUCGCCCAGUAUCCGGACCAACCGACCAACCAAGGCUAUCCA